GGAGACCGGGUGCGGCGACCGGAACGCCGGUCCCCACCGCGCGCUGCUCCGCCCCGGCGGCCGGGGAGGCGGGCGGAGCCAGGAGGGGCCAUGGCGGCGGUGCCCGCGCUGCUGGUCAUGGGCGUGAGCGGGUCGGGAAAGUCAACCGUGGGCGCCCUGCUGGCUUCUGAGCUAGGAUGGAAAUUCUAUGAUGCCGAUGACUACCACCCAGAGGAGAAUCGAGCGAAGAUGGGGAAAGGGAUUCCACUGGAUGACCAGGACAGGAUCCCAUGGCUUUGCACCUUGCAUGACAUUUUACUCAGAGAGGUAACCUCAGGACAGUAUGUGGUCCUAGCCUGCUCAGCUCUGAAGAAAGUGUACAGAGACAUCUUAAUACGAGGAAAGCAUGGUGUACCUCCGAAGAGUGACGCGCCCGGGAAAGAAGGAAAGCCCGCUGAGGUGCAGCUCCUCGUGGUCUAUCUGAGUGGGUCAUUUGAGGUCAUCUCUGGACGCUUACUCAAAAGGAAAGGACAUUUUAUGCCCUCCGAGUUAUUGCAGUCUCAGUUCGAUACUCUGGAACCCCCCUCAGAUCCAGAAAAUUUCAUCCACAUCAGUGUGGACAAAAGCCUUCCAGAGAUAAUUGCCAUAAUUAUGGAAGCUCUCAAAUGAAACCAAGUCACUUCCUAUCAGUGGUCCAGACGAGAACGAGGCAUAAAUUUCUAUCCUAUCCCUGAUCACGUUAAAGCAUCCAUGUUGGUACUGUGCUCUAAAUUCCAGUUAGUGUGAACAAACCACGAUGUGUUGAAAUAUACUUGUUUGGAUGUGAUUUUAGGAAUUUGUAGUCCUCUUGUCGUCAUGCUCUGCACAAUGGAGAAGAGGGGAGGGGGCUUGGAAAGUUAAGCUUCCACUGAAAUUGAAAUUCAUGUGGAUCCAAUUAAAUGAUUAGAAGAUAUUGUAUAAUCAGUGCUGAAAUCAUUACCUUAUUGAGAAGAUUCUUGAUCAGAUAAGAUUCCAACAAAUAAGUGAAGCUUGGCUAUCCUUGGCAUCCCUUAGAAUUGGCCUUGGGAGCAUAAACCUGUUCAAAGUCAAUCGCUCACUAGCAAGUCAUUUUACACCACACACCUUCGAAUCCUCUGCCUUUCAGGAUAAGUAAAUAAAAAGCACUAGUUCACGGAUAUAAAAAACAGCAAAGGCUCUAGCUGUGUUGGCUCAGUGGAUAAGAAUGUCGGCCUGCAGACCAAAGGGUCCCAGGUUCAAUUCCAGUCAAGAGCACAUACCUUGAUUAGAGGCUCCUUCCUAGCUCUGGUUGGGGUACAUGCAGGUGGCAAUCGAUGUGUUUCUCUCAUAGUGAUAUUUUUCUGACUUUCCCUCUCUCUUACACUCUCUCUAUAAAAAAAAAAAAUCAAUGGAAAAAUAACCUUGGGUUGAGAAUUUUAAAAAAUGAUAAUUUUAAAAAUAAAAGAAUAAACAAAAAGUCUAAAAACUGCAAAGAUGGCCGUGGACCAUAUGCUCAGUAGUGAGAGCAUUGGCCCAUACACAGAAGGGUGAUGGGUUCAAUUCUCAGUCAAGGGCAUGCAGCACAUUCUUGGGUUGCAGGUUCGAUCUGGCCCCAGUUGGGGCAUGUGCUGGAGGCAACCCAUCGAUGCGUGUGUCUCACUGAUAUUUCUCACUCUAAAAAAAAUCAAUAAAAAUAUCCUUGGGUGAAGUGUAACAACAACAACAAAAACUGCAAAGAUGGAAUUUGAGCUAAUGAACCAUGGGACACGCUGACCCAGUCCUCUGUCCCCAUUUUACCAAGGCUAGACUAGUACAGACAUUACAUAUUGAAGUCCUUCGCUUAUUACAAGCUACUCUCCCUUUUUUGUUCUUUAGCGUUAAGGAGUCAUAUUUAUUAUUUCCCUAGGUAAGCUUUAUUAAAGGGGACAUGCGAAAAAUAGUUGUUU